AUGGCGCCCAGCCUCGCGCAUGAAAAGGAGCAACUUUCCCAAAACCACCACACAGAAUACCAUUCCGAUACCGAGAAACAAGAGAGCGUUGAAGCAGCGCCUCCCGGUUUGGGUAUCGAUGCCAAAGAUGCACCAUGGACGGCCACGAGGUGCAUUGCUGUAGCAAGUCUUUGCAUGGUAUACGUCGGUUCGCAAAUCGUGCUCUACUUCGUAUCAUCGUCUCUUACGAAUAUUUCGGAGAGCAUUGGGACGAAAUAUGGGAAUUGGAUGCUUACGGCAAAUACUCUGGGAGUCGCUGCUAUUUGCCCAUUCGUCGGUUACAUUACCGAUCUUCUAGGGAGACGAUCGCUUUGUUUGUUCGGGUCGGUGUUGCUCAUCGUUGCGAGCGCCAUCCAGGCCACGUCGCAUAGUCUUGGUCAAGCGGUAGCCGCGCAAGCAAUCGCUGGUAUUGGUGCUGGAAUCUGCGAGUUGGUUGCUCUGGCAGGUGUUGCUGAAAUCACACCCGCCCGCUGGAGAGGCGCCACCCUCUCUCUAGUAACCUUCAGCAUCGUACCCUUCAUGCCACAGCUCCUCUACUCCAUCCUAGUAAUCCGCGCCAGCACAUGGAGAUAUCUCUUCCUCAUCACCGGAGGGUGGAAUUUCAUCGGCCUCGUAGGCCUGUUCUUCUGCUACAAACCUCCUCCCCGUCACAUGGCAGAUGAUCUCUCCACAAGGGAUAUCAUCAAGCGAAUCGAUUGGUUAGGAACAUUUCUCUCCAUCGGCGGCAUAACCCUCUUCCUCGUCGGGCUCCAGGCAGGCGGCUACCAAAGUCCCUGGACGUCCGGACGAGCCCUCGGUCCUCUGAUCGUCGGCGGAUUAAUGACCUUUGUCGCCCUCCCCAUGAGCCAAAUCUGGGGAACUCACAAGUUCCCCCUGGUUCCCGCCAAAAUCUUCAGAGGCCAACGAGUCGUCGCCCUCGCCUACGUGAUUGUAUUUGUAGCAGGUAUGGAGUUCUACUCCAUCCUCGGCUUCUUCCCCCUCGUACUGCAGUACGUGUACAACACCGACGCCAUCACCAUCGGAGUGCGAGGUCUCUGUUACCCCUGGGCCAUYCUAGGAGGAGCAUGCCUCAUUUCCUUCUUGAUGAGCUAUACUCGCGGCCACGUUCGCGAAAUGUUCUUCCUCGUAGCCGCCAUGAUGACGGCUUUCACCGGUGCUCUCGCGCUUUCGACGCCCGAUAAUGCAGGAUACACCAUCACCAUGGCCACGCUGGCAGCUUUCGGUAAUGGAGCCCUUGUAGUCCCUGCCCUGACUCUCGCCUUCUAUGCCGCCCCAGAAGAAUUCGUCGGAACAGUAGGCGCCCUCUCCCUCUCCGUGCGAUUCCUAGGCGGAAGCAUAGGAACAUCCAUCUACUUCAACGUCUUCCUCACAAAAUUCACCGCCAAUCUCCCCGCAUACGUGGGCGCAGCAGCAAUAGCAGCCGGCGCAGACAUGCAAGUGACCACAAACCUCGUCCUCGCAUACGCAUCGCAAGUACCCGGCGCAGCGGCAAAGGUACCCGGUGCUACGCAAGCCAUGGUCGCAGCUACGCAAUACGCGAGCCAGAUGGCGUAUGCUGAGUCUUUGAAAUGGGUCUGGUAUACGACCAUUCCAUUCGGGGUGAUUAGUUGUAUUUGCUGCGCUUUCUUGCCUAAUAUUCGGCAGUUCAUGACGAGCAAGAUUGCCGUGGACAUUCAUUGA